CUAACACAAACCUUCCCGAUCGGUCAGGAAAUUUUGGAGGAUCGCGUCUUGCUCACUUACCAUUCACUUGAAAGUCGCGAUGGCAGCCACUUACGAUACCCAACCGCCUCGCAAGAAAAUUCGCAGAACCGCCUCUUCGACCUCUGCACAAAAACAACGAGCCGAACCUCGUCUGUUCGUACCCUUUCGGGCCCUCGGUCUCGUCACCAACCAAGUACCUUUUGUUCUGCAGACUCGGUCGUACAAGGGUGCUACUGAUGGACCACGAGUGCAUAUUCUGACGUGCCUUGGAAAAUCCUGGGCUCUAUGGGAAGGUGGAAAGAUGACCUUACUUUUCGUUGGCCCGGAUACGGUUGAUCCAAUAUCUUACUUGGCGAUGGAUGGUGAUGCUGUCUGGGCUGCUGCUGGACCCAGCAUCUUCAAAUACAUCCGUGGAAAAGAGGUCCUUCGAAUAUCAAGUCCACUAGAGUCUUCAUUGUCGUACAUUACGAUUUUUGGAACUCUUAUUUUGGCACUGGACGAUAGGGGAGAACGAAUGUUUGUGUGGGAUACCACGGAUGGAGCUCUACAAGCCACGGUCCAAUUUGACGCAGACUUCACCGCGACAUCCAUACUACAUCCUGCUACGUAUCUCAACAAAGUGCUUGUAUCUAGCAGUCAAGGAAGUAUGCAGCUAUGGAAUAUUCGCUCGCAGACUUGCAUACAUAGAUUUUCAUCAGCAAAUCUUUUGUCGAUGGGUUCGGCACCUUCACCAUCCACCUUGCACGGUACAUCCAUAACCGCAUUGGUACAGUCCCCAGCGAUUGAUGUCGUUGGAAUCGGUUUCACUUCUGGAGAGAUUUCUGUCUAUGAUGUCCGUACGGAUGAGCGUCUGAUACGUAUGUUCAUGGAGGGCGGCGGCAUAAGAGCUCUGGGUUUUAGAAGUGACGGGGAACCUAUUCUCGCCUCUGCUUCAUCCGCGGGCCAUAUUGCUUUAUGGGAUCUCAAUUCUGGCGGUCGUUUGUUGCAUAUGAUGCGCGGUGCACAUGAUGGCGCUAUAAGCGCUUUAGAAUGGAUUCCCGGCCAACCUGUCCUAGUUAGCUCUGGCGAAGACAAUAGCGUCAAGCAAUGGCUAUUCGAUUCUCCCACUGCAGCACCGCGUCUACUAAAAUUCCGUUCCGGUCAUCAUGCUCCUCCCCAUCUUAUCCGAUAUUACGGUGAUGACGGAAAGCAGCUUCUGACGGCUUCAAGGGAUCGCAGUCUCAGAUGUACAUCGGUAGUGCGUGAUUCGCGGUCAUUUGAACUUUCACAGGGAUCCCUUGCAAAGAAGGCCACUGCUCUGUCAAUACCACUGGCCUCUCUGAAGUUCCCGGCUAUCACUUCUUUGUCAUAUUCGUCAGCUCGAGCGAAAGAUUGGGAUGAUAUUCUCACCGCACAUACGGAUGAGUCUGUUGCGCGGUCUUGGACAAUGCAAAACAAGAAAGUGGGUAAAUAUACCUUCGGUUUUACGGAGCCUGUCAAGGGUAAAGGCAAGGCAAAAGCUCUCGGCUCAGUCAAGGCUGUUUGUGUCACCGCAUGCGGAAACUUCGGUUUGGCAGGCUCUUCAAUAGGUGCUGUUUAUAUGUGGAACCUUCAAUCGGGUAUGCGACGCAAGACCUUCGACGUCGGACCAUGUCCUGCAGAGGUUACAAGUAGACUAGGCACCGCCGGAAAGAAGGGCAAUGAGCGUACCAUUACUGGGAUUGCUACGGAUGCACUGAACAGAGCUGUUAUAGUGAGCACAUUGGAUGGAACCAUCAAUUUCUUUGAUUUCCACACUGCCCAGUUGGAGCGCACUACAAUUGUUCCUUCGCCCAUUGUAUCCAUGGUGCUGCAUCGGGACAACGGGUUGCUGGCAGUCAUAUGUGACGAUAUGAUAGUUCGCAUCCUCGAUAUUGAAACGAAGAAAGUUGUUCGAGAAUUGGGAGGCUUUAGAGGCCGAAUACUCGAUAUUACGUUUUCCCCGGAUUCAAGAUGGCUAAUUGCCAGUUCCCUGGAUUCUGUUAUCCGAACGUAUGAUGUCCCAACUGGUCGGCUGAUCGACGCUUUCAGGACACCCAGUGUGGCUACUAGUAUUUCCUUCUCUCCGACAAAUGACUUCCUCGCCACUUCACAUGUUGAUAGCGUCGGCAUUUAUCUCUGGGCAAACCGUGCACAGUAUGACACUGUCUCUUUCCAAAGUGUCAACGACGACGAUCUGGCGGACACAGCGCUUCCUUCAAUGCAAGGAACUGCAGAGGACGAAGCACUUGAUUCUCUAUCGCCGCUAUCUGCACAACAAGAAGCUACCGACGUUUUCAUGACUCCUCCUCAGCUAGAUGGAGAGCUUAUAACGCUGACGCUGCUUCCCCGAUCUCGAUGGCAAACGUUGCUCAACCUAGAAGUGAUACAGCAUCGUAAUAAGCCGAAGGAACCCCCAAAAGCCCCAGAAAAGGCACCAUUCUUUUUGCCCACCCUUCCUGGUGUCGAAACGCGGUUUGCUGUUGAGACCCCCGAACAGGAGAAAGCUUCGAAAAAGUCAACGCGAAGAUUGGAAAAUGCUGCAAGCCAUUCACAGAGCCAGUUCCACGGACAGCUGAUUUCCGAACCUCGCGACAGGGAUUACGAAACAUUUUUCAACCUGAUAAAAUCUUUAUCUCCAGCUGCCUUGGACUUGGAAAUUCGCUCACUCAUCUCCCUCGACAGUCUUCAGCUAUUUAUUCACUCCCUGAAGCAACGGCUACUUUCGCAUAAAGAUUUCGAAGCUGUCCAAGCUCUUCAAAAUGUUUUCCUCCGUAUUCAUGGGGAUGUACUGAUUGAAAAUUCCGAGCUCCAAUCGGAUAUGAUGAAGCUUCUGGAAGUACAACGGAAGGAGAGUGAAAGAGUACUGGAGUUGAUUGCCUCGUCUCUGGGAACUUUGGGAUUCGUUAGGGACCGAUCAUGAGGUUCGGUUUGUUGGGGAUGCUAGCUGUAGAUACCGUACAAUCCAUCUAGGGGAACAUAUACUACUGCACAUCUGUUCGGGGGGAAAACUGACUGAUUGCAUGAUGCGUUAUAGUGGUUCUAAGUCCACCCUGAGACUACGCUAUCUGGGGCCAGCAAUUUUCAAGUUUA